UGAGUACUAGUAGCAGACGACAUUCCUUUGUUCACUAUAUAGUGCAUUAUGUGGUGAUCAACGACAAGACAAAGAAAAUUAUUUUUAGAAUAGUUUUCAAAUAUUUUUAAAACAAAUAAUGCAUUUGUUUUUAUAAAGUGUUGAAGCAGUUGCUCAAUUAAUUUGUUUAAAUAUAAAGUUAAUUUUUUCUCAAAGUUCAUCUGAUUCCAAUUGUUUUGUAGAGGUUAUGUUUUGUGUUGUGAUUGUCGUUGAUCACAACACUGACGCCAAUUUUUUUUUUUUACACCUUUUUAUUCAUAUAAUUUAGUUUUUAAAUAAAUUUAAAAUAAUUGUGAAUUGAAAAUAAAUAGUGUAAAAUAUUUUCAUUAAAAUGGCGAAGACAAAAACAAUAAGUAAAGGCUGUCCUAAGUGUGAACAACAGGUUCCUGUUGCUUGUAAAGCAUGUCCAUGUGGUCAUUCUUUUUUCAAUGCACGUCGUAAUUCUGUAAAAAGUCCACCAAGUCCAGAUAGUGGUACAAUGAAAACAAGAAGAACUAAUCGAAUUAAACGUGAAAAACCAAAUUAUUAUGAUGCAUUGGAAUAUGAUAAGCAGACAAGAAAAAGCGCAAAGCUCAGAAGGGCAGUUGAAUCCAGUAGUACAGACAUUGACUGUAGGCAAUUAAAUAAAAAACGAAAGCGAAAGGGUAAGGGAAAAGGGAAAGGUGGCGGAAGCAGUGGUGCUGGUGACGAUGAUGAUGAAAUGGAAGGCGUCAGUGGAUUAUCAUUAGAGAAACAGCUCACGUGUUCUCUUAUUUUACAAGAAUUAAAUAAUAAAAUGCAAAUUGUCGCUUGGAAACCGACGUAACUAUAAAAUUUCGUUUUGACUUCACAGAAAAUGAAAAGGAAAAAAAAAAAAGAAGAAAAUUGUUCACAACACAUUUUUCGUGCCAUUAAAAUAUUAACUAACAUUUUUUAUUAAUCAGUGCGGAUAAGCAAAAAAAAAAAAAAAGAAAAGAAACUACUUUUAAGAAUUUAAAAAUAUAUCUCUUGUAAAUAUUUUUUUUUACUAAUAAUGUUAAUUUUUAAACUAUUUGCGCCAACUGCCAGCCAAAUAUAUUGUAUUCGUUUAUUAUUUAUUAAGAUAAUGAAGAGAGAACAAAAAUGCUUUUGAAGUAAUUUUUUUUUGGAAAUAUAAUAAUUUUCUUUUUUUUUUAUUUUUUUGCUUUACAUUGAAAAAACAUUAGUGGUAAAGUUUAAUCAAGAUAUGAAUAUUUUGUUUUUAUUUAUAUGACUUGAGGAAAAAUUUACAACAUUUAUUACACAGAAAUAUUAUUUACUGAUUUUUAUUUAUUAAAAUUAAAAAUCAAUACAAUAUGUAUAACAAAUAAUAUAUUUAUUAUAUUUUUUGUA